AUGCUGCCCCUGCUGUUGCUGCCCCUGCUGUGGGGGGGGUCCCUGCAGCAGGAUGAGGGGUUCGAGCUACAAGUGCCGGAGCGGGUGACGGUGCAGGAAGGCCUGUGUGUCCUGGUUCCCUGCACAUUCCUCUAUCCCUGGAAUUCAGCUUGGGGCUCCCCUCCACUCGACAUCUCCUGGUUCCGGUCUGGGGACAGAAUACCUUAUGAUCCUGCAGUGGUCACAAAUAGCCCACACCGAUGGGUGAAGACAGACACUCAGGGCCGAUUCCACCUCCUUGGGGACCCCAUGACCAACAGCUGCACGCUGAGCAUCAGGGACGCCAAGAAGAGAGACGCAGGGACCUACAUCUUCCACCUAGAGAGAGGAGCUGAUGUAAAACACACCUACCGACAAAAGACACUGAAUGUGCAGGUGACAGCAAAUGCUGGCCUGGGCCCCUGCUCUGAGCCACGUCCUAUGUCGGGGUACGGAGGACACAGAGAUGACUCAGACCUGGAUUGUGCCCUCAGUGACCUCCUGCAGACAGACCCAGACAAAAACUCACAGCACAUGAGCUCAGGGCCAGGAGAGGACAGCUCGGCGCUUUCUGCACCAGCCCGGCGACAGGGCAUCUGGGGUGGGACCGUGCUGCUCCUGCUCCUCGCUGCCGCAUCGAUUCCGACUCGCACAGAUUCCGUGCGGGCGGCGGAGAGCUGCGCCCGUGGAGAGUCCGAGGCUGGGGCCUUGCAGAGGCAGAUCGCCAGGCCGUACUUCCGCGGCACCGCUAGAAUUCCGUCGCCGUUCUCCGCCCCAGGACCCAGGAUCCGGGACUCCCCCAGCCUGAGACCUGUUCAAGCCCCUAGCAUCUUCCUCCGCAAAAGCCAGGAGUUCGGGUCCCCAGACCCCGCUCCCCCGGAACCCAGGAGUCCCCGCCUCCCCUUUAGCCCCAGCUGGAGGGUCUGCGGAGAGGGGGAGGGGGACCCAGACCUGGGGGAAGCCCUGAGCCCACCCCUUCCCCGAAGCCGGGCCUGGGAACCGGUGACUUCGCGUCUCUCCCGACGCCUGGUCCGGCCCCAGGCAGCCCCGGGGCAUGCUGGGAACCCGGGCCUGGGCUCCGGGCCAGAACCGACCUUGCGGGGCCUUCGCCGCACACAAGCUCGUGUCUGUGGGUCCGUGUCGGGCUCACCAUCGCGGCUGGGCCCCCCGCCCUCCCGGCCCCACCCCGUCCGUCCGUCCAUCCGUCUGUCCAUCUGUCCACCUGCCGCGCCCCCCGGGCUGAGGCUGCGCCCUGCACGGGACGGGGGCCCAGCUGGGCCCCCCAGCCCCUGGCUGCCCCACCCGCCGGGGCUCAGGGGUCUGCUGCAGGGACCCUGGGAGGAGGAGCUGGGCUGUGUCCGUGUGGCCCUGCAUGCCUCCCUCCACGCUGAAUCUCCCGUCUCCACCGACCGCGUCCCGUUUCCCGUCUUCCCAGCGCCCUUCAUGGCCGCCCCUCCCUGA